CGGAUUCGAAACCACUGCGGAUCCUUUUGGGUCUUCGCUGUCCGUCGAGAUGGCCGGCACUAAGAGGAAGACACCCGCCAAGACGUUGAAACGCAAGGAUGUGAAGAACCCUCUAAUAGCCAAGGGGGUCCGACAGCUGUCCAAAGCUAAGGUUAUGAGAUUGACCGGAGGAUGGAAGUUCAUCAAGGAUCCCGUGGAGGCUGCGAAAGCCGCCAUGAAUGCGCCCGUCACGAAAACGAGCCCUAAAAUGAUCACCAAACCGAUCGGUGGCCCGAAGAACGGCAAGGAGCGGAAGGUUCUCGCCAAGAAACCUCGCCGCUUCUACGCCACGGAAGACUCGCUGAAGCCCGCUAAGAAGUCUCGCAAGAGGGUCUACAGGGCGGCGAGAGCAUCCAUCACGCCAGGAACUGUCCUCAUCCUGCUCACCGGAAGACAUCGCGGAAGACGUGUCGUCUACCUCAAGCAAUUGGAAUCUGGACUCUUAUUGGUGACCGGACCUUACAAGCUCAACUCAUGCCCGUUGAGACGCAUCCACCAGAGCUUCGUGAUUGCGACGUCUACGAAAAUCGACAUCUCAUCUGUCAAACUGCCGGAAAUCAAGGAAGCUCUCUUCGUCAAGCCGAAAGUUCCCCGGAGUCGGGGCAACACUUCCAAGGGCGGAGAUCUUUUCGAGCAGAAGAAGGCCGAUUACACCCCCUCAGAUGAGAGGAAGAAGCUCCAGAGCGAUGUCGACAAACAGCUGCUCGCCGCCAUCGCUAAGAGUGCCGAUGGCGAAAUCUUGAAGAACUACUUGAAAAAACCCUUCGGCCUCAACUCGAGGAUGUUCCCCCAUGCGCUGAAGUUCUAGGAGACUGGUUCCAGUUUUGAAAUAAAAGAAUUGGGAGCGCAUCAA